CUGUCAUCGCAAUAUUACCCACACAUGCGUCGGCUACCGUCGUUGUCAAACGUGUGCCGCUUGUCAUAAUGUGUAAUAAGCUGUAAUUUCAGUGUUUUUGGUCUAAUAUACUUAAUUGUGUUAAAGAUUCAAAAUGAACGUCAUAGCGGCAUUGGCCAUUUGCAUGGUCUUCGUGGGAUGUUGUUCCAACGUUGUUUUUUUGGAAUUGGUGGUGAAAGAAGAUCCGGGUGCGGGUAACUUAGCCACGUUCCUGCAAUUUGUUUUCAUAGCCGUUAUGGGAUUUGUUACGGUGGGAAAAUUUGGUACAGCAAAGAGAAACAUACCAUUCAAACAAUACUUAAUGUUGGUUGGCUUUUUCUGGACUAGUAGCGUCGCUAACAAUUAUGCAUUCGACUUCAAUAUAUCUAUGCCCCUUCAUAUGAUAUUCCGAGCGGGAUCUUUAAUGGCGAACAUGGCUAUGGGUGUAUGGAUUUUGAAGAAGAGAUAUCCACCAUUAAAAUAUUUAGCAGUAUUUAUGAUAUCAGCUGGAAUAGCUAUUUGUACUAUCCAAUCAAGUGGCGACGUUAAAGCACCAAGAGAAACACAUAAAGACGCGGCUGAGGAAGAAAGGCUACAGUUUAUAGAUUGGUUAUGGUGGUGUCUCGGUAUUGCCAUACUUACCUUCGCAUUGUUCGUAUCAGCACGAAUGGGAAUAUUCCAGGAAUCUUUAUAUGCGAAGUAUGGGAAACAUCCUUGGGAGGCGUUAUAUUAUACUCACUUAAUGCCUUUAGUUUUCUGGUUACCGACAGCUCAGAAUUUAGUCGGACAUGUGAAGAUUGCUACUGAGACACCUAUGGUCGAAGUAUUGGGAGUGACACUUUCUCGACAAGUCCUGUGGUUGAUACUAUACGUGGUCACACAAGGGCUUUGUAUUAGCGCUGUCUACGUUUUGACAACCGAGUGCGCGUCCCUAACUGUCACUUUGACAGUUACUUUGAGAAAGUUUGUGUCACUUUUGUUCUCUAUAAUGUACUUUAGGAAUCCCUUCACUUUGGGACACUGGAUUGGUACGUUGUUAGUAUUUAUAGGAACCCUAAUAUUUACGGAGAUAUUACAGAAGUGCGUAGGCCUAUUCCUCCCAACGCCUGUCAAGGUCGAAAAGAAGAAGAAGAAAUAAAUUUGUGAUAAUUAUUAUGUAGAGAAUUUGAUUUGUGACGUGUACAAUUUGGGUUGUUUUAUUUAUAUACUUUUUGUAUCGAUUGAAACUUUGUAUGUAAGAUUAUAUAUAUGGAGCAGGAUUUAAUUUUUACUGUAAAAAAGUAGAACAAAUUGUGAAUAUUUUUAUUAAUAAAAAAACUAUUUGAACCGAUAAUUGUUAAACGUCAGUCCGCUUACUUAAAAUAACAGUAAUGACAAAAUGCUUUUUUUUAUACCAAUUAGUAAAAAAGACGUUAGAGUCAAUUAACGUAAUAUAAUGAAAUCAAAUAAAUUAAACCAGAAAUUGCAUUUUACAAAUGUAAAUGCACUUUCGUAAGUUUACAUCGAAUGGGCUAUUUCAAAUCGAUUAUUUGUACUCGAUACAUCGAUAAGCGAAUUUCCUAGAAACAAUCGUCAAUAUCGAUUCCAAUGUCAAUGGCCGCUUGAUAUUCCGAUGUUGCUAUAUAAGAAUAAUAUGCUUCCAAUAUAAUUUCUGUAUACGCAUUUAAAAUAAAUGAUUUUAAUAAUACAAUAAUAU